GCGCGACCGCUCUCUCUUUCUCUCCCUCGCGUGGCUUCGUUCCCCCCCUUCUUCCCGGCUCCGACUCGUCUCGGCCUUCUGUGCCCAGUCAUGCCCAACAUCGUGCUCUUCAGCGGGAGUUCCCAUCAGGACUUGUCCCAACGCGUGGCUGAUCGCCUGGGGCUGGAUCUGGGGAAGGUGGUGACCAAGAAGUUCAGCAACCAGGAGACCAGUGUGGAGAUUGGUGAAAGUGUUAGAGGAGAAGAUGUGUACAUUAUCCAGAGUGGCUGUGGAGAAAUAAAUGACAACUUGAUGGAGCUUCUUAUCAUGAUCAAUGCUUGCAAAAUUGCAUCAUCUUCCCGUGUGACAGCGGUAAUUCCAUGUUUUCCUUAUGCCAGGCAAGAUAAGAAAGAUAAGGACCAAGGUAGAUGGAGCAGGGCUCCCAUUUCUGCAAAACUUGUUGCCAACAUGUUAUCAGUUGCUGGAGCAGACCACAUUAUCACCAUGGAUUUGCAUGCUUCCCAGAUCCAGGGCUUCUUUGAUAUCCCUGUGGACAACCUGUAUGCAGAACCAGCUGUAUUACAAUGGAUCAAAGAAAACAUUGUGGACUGGAGAAACUGUGUCAUUGUGUCUCCCGAUGCAGGUGGAGCAAAAAGGGUCACUUCAAUUGCAGACAGGCUUAAUGUGGAAUUUGCCCUGAUUCACAAAGAAAGAAAGAAAGCCAAUGAAGUGGACCGAAUGGUCUUGGUUGGGGAUGUGACUGAUCGCGUAGCAAUUCUUGUGGAUGACAUGGCAGACACAUGUGGCACAAUAUGUCACGCAGCUGACAAGCUGGUUUCUGCAGGGGCAACUAAAGUUUAUGCAAUUCUCACUCAUGGGAUCUUUUCUGGCCCUGCUAUUUCUCGCAUCAAUAAUGCUGCAUUUGAAGCUGUUGUUGUAACUAAUACAAUCCCACAGGAGGAGAAAAUGAAACAUUGUCCUAAGAUCCAGGUUAUUGAUAUUUCUAUGAUUCUGGCUGAGGCAAUCAGAAGAACACACAAUGGUGAAUCUGUAUCCUACCUGUUCAGCCAUGUGCCGUUAUAAUUUCAAGUCAAGAUUUCAAUCUAUGUUUAGGAGUGCUACAAUGAAGAACACAAUUCAAUAUUAAGAUAAUAUCUUGGAAAGCUUUAGAUUGACUAUGCAUUUCCUACUUCUAACAUGGACAAUAAGUGAAAUGGGCAACACUUUUAAUUGGUUGCAAAUUUACAAACUUUGUGUUUUAAAAGAGGACACUAUAAUAGUUGCCAUGAUUUAUAUUGAUGACUAUCACAUGAAAAAUAUAUUUUCCAAAAGCCAUAGCUGUAUUUACAACAUUUGCUUAUAGACUUCAGACAUUUAGAUAAAUUGUUCAGGUUGAUCCCUUUUGCGGGGAGAAGUAAUCUCGGCUACAGAUUUUUUAUGGGAACAUGGUAAUCAUUUUACCUCUCUUGAAAUUAGACUUGGAGUAAUUAUUAACUCCAUGUCCUCUCAUCCAAAGAAUCUUUUGUUUCAGAUCUUUGUUCAAAAUAAUAGGAUCUCAACAUACAGCUUUGUUUGUCUUGAGUUACUGAAUUAUGUUUAAUAUUUCAGAUCUUUCUAACACAAUUAAAUGAAGUAAGUCAAAUUAAACAUGUGCUUGGUUAAGUGACUUCUUUUAAGAUUGAAAAAUAUGCAAUUCUUUCAAACUAUAAACACAUGAAUAAUUAAUUUUUAAGCUAAUUAACACUAUCUAAUGAUUUGUUCACACAAAGCUGGAUUGCUAUCAAAACUCGUUCCCUCCUGCACCAAGAUUUAUAUGCUGUCUAAAAGUAGAUCACAUGAACCUGCUUCUGUUGUGUUUGGACAAAUUGGCAGCCAGCUUGUAAAGGAAAGCAAGAAUGAAUUCUGAGAUUUGUUGCACCCUGGAUUGGUGGCAGUCCUUACUCCUGCUCUACCUUGACAAGCCAGCAACAAAGUUAGGAUUUUCUACAGUUACUACUAUAAACUGUGUGUAUCAAUCCAAAUGAAAUGGAUAAUAACAUGAAUGAAUAACAAAAGAGUCUGUUUUAAAAAUAAAUCCCAGGUUUCAGGAUUUUUAUCAAACACGCAAGCUCUUCUUUCCUAUUAAAAAAAUAUGAUUUUAAGUUUUAUUGUUUUACUCCUUAUUUCCAAUUAAAAGAAUUUAUUUUAUAAAAA